UUUUGCUGUUUGCUCUAUCCAAAUUAUUUUCGUAAAAAACUUUUUAAUCCUAUCUAAUUGAAUGCUAUAAUUUGCAGAAACAUACCUACUGUUAUCAAAUUAAUAUGGAUAGAUUUGUUGUUCGCGAACCAAGAAUUGGUGCAGACUUUCCACAGGCAAAUCAAGUGAUCGGCUUUGAAUCUAAUAGCCUGCCAAGGAACAACAACACUAUGAUUCCUCAAGAAAGCAUGUAUCUUGGCGGCUACGGACGCGAAUAUCCGAUUCAACACAUGCCAUCUCCGGGUUACUUUGCUGUCCACCAACAAAUGGGCUCUAAUAAUUUUCAGCUUCAACCCACACAUCUUCACCCCGUCCAAGCUCAGAUGAUGUCUGGCAUCGAUCCGCGGUAUUUGGCUGGUUAUUCAGAUGGCAACGCGGCUACAUUUAUUGCCACAGGUCAACAAGCGCAGACCGAAAGACAGCCCACGAUUCCUAACUUCGGUGGUGACUACGAGAAUCGUAGCUUCGUAGCACCGGAUCGUAGCAAGCAAAAGAUGUUUGUAGCGCAAGCGCAGGCAACUGUGCCGCAAAUUCAUAAAGUGGCAAAUAAAACCGUUAAUGAAAGUAUUGCAAAGGAAGAAUCUUCAAAUAAGAUAUUGACGCGCUCAGAGAAACUCCAGGCUUUAUACAAAUCUGGACCGAGAGCGUUUUCGGGCCCAGUUGAGAAGGUGCUCAAAUGGCAUAAGGCGUUGCAAGAAAUAGGCCUCCUGGUCAUUUAUGAGAUCGUUGCCAAAUGCGUCAGCGUAAGAGCCGGCGAGUCUUGCGCUAAGACCCUUGUCGUGAGAGACGACAGCGGCCCGGCCAUGCAAGUCGUCUACUACGAGAUAGACUUCCUACUGCCUGAGUUGAAGCCUCCGUGUACAGUUAGGGUGAUUGGCAGAAUGAUGGCAGGGACGUGUAGACUGCAAGCGUUCAGCGUGCGGUCUGCAACGGGCGACGACGUUGCAGCGUUGCCGCGGCGAGCCGCCGUUGCGGCGCACCACGUUGCCAAGAUAUGCAAGGACUAUGGCAUUCAUGUUUAGUACUAGGUUAAAGUAUUGUUUAUAUUUUGUUUCUGAUUGUAUUGUUGCUAAAUUGUAAUUAAUUUCUUAUGCCCUAAGGUAUUAUUUUAAUGAAUUG